GGCGACGGAGGCCUCACGUGACCGGCGCCGCCGACUCGCGCGCCUCGCUCCCGCGUCGGGCCCGGCGUCGCUCGCCCCCUUCUCGGUCCCUGCUGCCGGGGGCGGCCACGAAGAGUAGGAGGCGGAGGGGGAGCAGGUCUGCAGCUCUGAGGGUCGCGGCGGCGCACUCGCGGCGAGAAUCGGACAGAGGAGGAGACGACGGCAAGGAUAGGCCCAGGAGCAAUGGCGUCCAAAGAGGAGCAAGCAGUAAAAAACCUCAACAUGGAAAAUGCCAACCAGGAAAACGAAGAAGAGGACCGCGCCCCUGUACAGAGUGGAGAGGAAUCAUGCCAUUCCGGAAAGGGUGAAGGGCACAAGCCUGGAGGAAAUGUUAGGCUGGGGCGGGUUAGGCGAUUUGUCCCUAAUUUUCGAUGGGCUCUACCUACCAGGCAUAUUGAUCACAGUGAAGUGGGAGAUGAUGUAGAAAAGUUCGCAGGGCAGAUGAUGGAAAUCAGAAGAAAGACUAGGGAGCAGCAACUGAAGCAUCAUAUGCCUUUCCAAACUCCUGAACCUGAUAAUCAUUAUGAAUUUUGCCUCAUACCUUGAAUGCUAAGGUUUUCCCUGAGGUUAAUAAUGUGGCCUCUGCUCUACAAGCUUAUAGUUUUGUGAUUUACUUUUUCUGUAAACUUUUUGGUGUUUCCACUUUCAUAACAGUUUCUUGUUUUGUUUCAGUGUAAACCUUUCUGUCCAGCAGGGCAAUUUCACCUAGUUUUAGGAAAAAUAUUCCUUUCAUAAUAUGAGAUUAAUAAAGCAGUUUAAAAAGCAA